UGCGAGUUUUACCGCGGGAUUUGGGAAAGGCUGUACGCUGCGGCAGCCAUUUUGCGGGAAGGGUAGGCGCGUUUUACAGCCCGAUCCUGUUACCACAGCCGUUUAGGGGCUCCCAACGACCUUCAAUCUGUGAGCCUUCUCCAGUCCCCAAGACUUCCUGCUGCGCCCCGAUUUCAGGACUUCCUCCACAAUUAGGCUGUUUUCCCUGUCAAGUGUCCUUUUGACCUCUUGACUCAAAGGUCAGCUCUAAGGUUCCAAACUCGGGUCUGAGAUGCGAGGGGGUGGGAUCUAUUUUAAAUUCUCCCAGUUUUUAGCCCAGGGGUCCUAAAUCCCACGCUUUAGGUGCCUUGCCCCAGGCCUGGGCUUUCGUGUCCCAUAAUUUCCCAAGUUUCUAAACUAGCCCAGGAUAAGAAGUUAACUCCUACUAAGCCUCACUCCUUGAGCUCUGCAUCCCAACUCUGUACCACAGAUCUGUUUGCACAUUAAAGGACCCCUUAAGCCUCAGAUUCCUUGUGAUUUGCGUCAGCUUCAAUCCCUGCUCCCAAGGUUCCAGAUUUUAGCCCUGUUUUUUUUUUUGCAAUCCCAACUUAAGCUCCCAGAUCAGGAGCUCAGCUCUAAGACCGUCAGACUCUCCAUCCCUGUGACCACAUUUUGGAGAAUCUGUCCCCUCUCUCCCAUUCUCGAUCUUUCAGCCUAAGUCACAGACCCCAAAAUGAUUUCUCCAUGUUCUCCUCUAGAGCCACCAAUUCCUCCUCCCGAAACCCCUGCAUCCCAGGCCCUUAAUAUCCCACUUCCUCCCCUUACCCCAAACCUCCCCGAAUUAGCUUUUCCACCCUCGAGUUUCCAGGCCCCUGUUCCCCCACCACCUCCAUUGCCGCCUCCGCCCCCCACCACCGGGUUUGCUCCCCCUCAUGUCUUCGGCCUAGAGAAGAGUCAGCUCCUGAAGGAGGCCUUGGAGAGGGCCGGCCCAGUCCCCGGGAGCAGAGAGGAUGUGAAGAGGCUCCUGAAGCUGCACAAGGACCGUUUCAGAAGUGACCUGUGGUGGAUCCUCUUCUGUGCUGACCUGCCCUCCCUCAUCCAAGAAGGCCCUCAGUGUGGGCUAGUGGCCUUGUGGAUGGCAGGCACCCUCCUGGCGCCCCCCGGCGGCACCUCUCUGGAGAGACUCGUGCAGGUGGCCGUCGAGAGAGGAUACACGGCCCAGGGAGAAAUGUUUUCAGUGGCUGACAUGGGCAGGCUGGCCCAAGAGGCACUGGGCUGCCAGGCAGAGGUGCUCUGCGGCGGCCUGGGCGGUCCCAACAGAGACCGCAUCCUGCAGCACAUUGUCGCAGGACACCCCCUCCUUAUCCCCUACGACGAGGACUUCAACCACGAGCCGUGUCAGAGGAAGGGCCACAAGGCCCACUGGGCUGUGAGCGCAGGGGUCCUGCUGGGUGUGCAGCGUGUGCCCAGCCUUGGCUACUCGGAGGAUCCCGAGCUGCCAGGCCUGUUCCACCCAGUGCCUGGCACACCCCACCAGCCACCAUCCCUGCCGGAAGAAGGCUCCCCGGGGGCUGUCUACCUGCUCGCCAAGCAGGGCAAGAGUUGGCACCACCAGCUGUGGGACUAUGACCAGGUCCGGGACAGCAACCUGCAGCUGACGGACUUCUCGCCCUCUCGGGCUGCGGAUGGCCGGGAGUACGUGGUGCCUGCCGGCGGGGUGCGGGCCGGCCUCUGUGGCCAGGCCCUGCUCCUCCGACCACAGCACUCCAGCCACUAGGCUGCUGCGGCCCCAGCUCAGCUGUGUCACCAGGCACAGCGUGCCUCAGCUUCUCCUUCUGAGUGGCAGCCCAAGGGGUUGGACUGGACCUUCAACCAGAGAUUCUUUGUGCAGGGUCCCCCCGAAUCCAUCCUGGGCAUCACCCCAACUCCCCCAAGCCCACCUGCCAGUAUUGAGCACCUACUCUGGGCUGGGGUUAUAGCCAGGAGCCACACAGACCGGCUGCCUCUCUGCAGGGGAGAGACUGACAACCUCUGAGACCCCAGGACUUGUCCACCCCCACCAUCAGUGCUGCACCCACCCAUUUCUGGAUGCCAACCACCCUUUCCCUGCACCCCUUCCUGCCUCCCAGUGUCUUUACAUCGAGCCGGGGAAGCCUUUUAAAACACGAACCACGGACUUCCUGGCGAUCCAGUGGUCGAGACUCCGUGCUUCCACUGUAGGGGCCACGGGUUCUGAUCCCUGGUUGGGAACUAAGAUCCUGCAUGCCACAUGGUGCGACCAGAAACAAAACCCAAACACAAACCACAUUUCACCACUGCCUUCCAGAGAAGCUUCCAGCACCUCUUGUAUGCUCCUCAUGCAGCAUCCUCCUGGAUACUAAACUCACCCCAGGCUCUUCCUUCUCACACUUUCUGCCACCACUGCCUGUGGUCUCAGGUGCCUGUGGUGUCCCGUCCCUGCACCCAGCCCUCCGGUACAAUUCCUGAACUCCUCAGUCCCGGCUGCUUAUCACUUCCUCAGGGAAGAGGCCCUCAGGCUCAGCACCGCUCCCACCUGUGUUCUCUCCUGAUUUAGAAAGCAAAAGCUCCCACUGCUAGUUAUUUGUGCCAACCCCUUCACAACCCUGUUAACUCAUGUAAGGAGGGUGCUAGGUCCUCCCAGUUUGAGAGAAAAACAGGCUGGAGAAGUGCUGUCACUGGCCUGAGGUCACAGGGCUGGCCAGUGGCAGAGACAGAGAGAUGACCAUUUAAUGACUGCCUGCUGCAUCCACUGAGCAAGGGGAGGAACAGGUCUGUCUCGGCCCAUGCUGUGUCCCCAGUGCCCGACAGGGUUCUAUUAGACACUGUACAGUGGAGUGUUUCUUACCCAUCCCACCCUGACACCCAGGUUGGCAGUGUCUGGUGCACCAUCCUGGGAGCCCUUGAACUCUGAGCUGUCUCGGUCACCGCUUUGUCCCCUGCACAGAGCCAGGCACAGGAGUAGCGACUCAGUGAAGCUGAUGAAUGAAUCACCAGCUCUGAGCCCACUUCUACCUGAGACCUGUCAUUAUCCCCUCACCCCGUGCAGCGCUAAUGCUCAAAUUAUGAGCUUUGAGCCCAUAAGCUCCAGGUACAAAAAAAAAAAAAACAGACCACAAAGUGGACUAUGAAUGUGUUUAUUGGGGUGUUGUCACAGGAGGAAGGCAGUGAAGCGAUGUUGCCUCCUGAUCCCUAGCGCGGCCCCAUCUAACAACUACCUCUCUCGUAUAAAUAAGUAUAAAGAUGGUCAGUAGAAAAGGAGCAACCCUCAGCCUGGAAGACCGCGCCAGAGCUUUGGCUAAGGGGGGAGGGGCUCCACCCACACCUCAGGGUGCUGGGGUCUUUUGGUUUGGACCAAGUUGCCAGCCCCACCCACCCUGCACCUCAGGCCCAGUCAAGCAGGGCAUCUUCUCAGCAGAGGCCGGAGAGGGGGCACUCCCGAGGAAAGUGGCUGGGUCCCAAGCCAGGCCCAAGUCUGCCUGGCGUCUGAAAGCCCUUCCUGUGACCGCAGCCCGCUAGGAGGAAGGAGACAGAAGAGGGCAGAGGGCAGAAGGAGGAAGUCCCCAGGCUGAGG